AAUAGAUAAGAAGACAGAGAAGGUUAACCACUCCAUAUCUACCUACACUCUUCUUUCCUUACCAAACCAAAAGUCGCCAUUUUUCUUAUUCAUCUACAGAGCUUCUAAAACAAAUCUCGAAAUCAAAAGACUUCUUCAAUGUCGGAAGAAAUACGAGACCACAAUCUCACCACCGACAGUAAACCAUCUCCGCCGCAGCAGCCGCCACAAAAACGCGGUCUCAUCAGUCGCAAGAGACAGCUCGUGUUUCUCUCUCUCAUGAUUUUACUCAUCGCAAAAGGACUCGUCGGGAUCGGAGAAGUAGCGUUUGUAAUACUGUCUUAUGUCUACUUGUAUGAGUUCCUCUCCAGAUUUGCCUUCCCUCGCAAGCAAACCGAGCAGAAGAAGAGACUUUCAAACCCUAAAAACAAACUCUUUCAAGCUUACUUCCUUGCCACUGCCAUUAUCGGCCUACUCUUACCAAUUUGCUACAUCGGAGACGGAAUAUUCAGGGGAGACAUUCACGGCGCCGGAGCCGCCGCUCCGCAUCUAUUUCUCCUCUCCGGUCAAGCCUUCACCGAACCAAUUGGUUUCUCCGAAAAGUUCUCGACGCCGAUUGGUAUCCUCGGACCGGUAUUCUACAACGCUCGUCGAAUUUUCGCGCUUUUGGAUUGGGUUAAAGCCGAAUUCUCAGAUACUCAGCGUCCCGGUGGUCCGGUGAGGUUGUACGGGGGAAGAGCGAUUGCGUCGGUUAACACGGCGAUGUGGUUUUAUAAUCUGUUCGGUCUCUUGUUGCCUGUGUUUCUUCCUCGGUCUUGUGAGAUUUACUUCUCCGGCGAUAGUAAAGGAGAUUGAUUUGUAGUUUCUGUCUUCUAAUCUAAUUUAAAAUCUCAAAGGAUACUUGUUGUUUGUUUAGUGCUUUUGUGUCUUGUUUCCAUCGGAUAUAAGCGACAGUUUAAGAACUUUUUUGGGUUAAA